UAACUUAUCUCUAUACAUUCUUCUUCAUCAGAUUGGAAGAUUCUUUGGUGAAAUUGACCCUGGCUUGAUGAGAAACUUAAUUAACAUGUCUCUGUAUGCCUUCAACAAGUCGUAUGACUAUCAAUCAGUCUGUGAUCCUGAAGAAGAACCAAAGCAAGGAGCUGGACUUCGUUCAGCUUAUGUGCCUACAAUAGCAGAUAUUUUGCAUCUAGGAUGGUGGGCUUCUGCAGCUGCCUGGUCUAUCUUACAGCAGCUGUUUUUGAGCUUGACUUUCCCACGUUUCCUUGAGGCAGCUGAUAUGGAAGACGAUGAUUUUUCUACUGCUCUGCCUAAAACAAGUUGUAUCACUGAGCAAACUCAGUAUUUCUUUGAAAAUGAUGAUAAAUCUUUUAUUGGGAUUGUAGACUGCAUCAACUGUUCAAGGUAGGCCUACUUCAAUGUU